GUCUGCCUUCCGGUUCUGGGCUGAAAUUGACACACAAUGAGGAGCAGAUACUGGGGAGACGCUCUGCAAACGCCGCUGUAAAUAAAUACAACAAUCACUGAAGCCAGCGAGAACCAUGGAGAACCAGUGCACAGUGCAGGUGAAGCUGGAGUUGGGUCACAGAGCCCAGCUGAGGAAGAAGGUGACAUCUGAGGGCUUCACCCACGACUGGAUGGUGUUUGUCCGAGGACCAGAGACCGGUGACAUCCAGCACUUUGUAGAUAAGGUCGUCUUCCGGCUGCACGAGAGCUUCCCCAAACCCAAGAGAGUAUGCAAGGAGCCACCGUACAAAGUGGAGGAGUCGGGCUACGCCGGGUUCCUCAUGCCCAUCGAGGUCUACUUCAAGAACAAGGAGGAGCCAAAGAAGGUGACCUUCAACUAUGACUUGUUCCUUAACUUGGAGGGCAACCCCCCUGUCAACCACCUGCGCUGUGAGAAGCUCACCUUCAACAACCCCACCAAAGAGUUCAGGAGGAAGCUGGUCAAGGCCGGAGGGGUAAUGGUGGUUCCAGAGGGAGGCGAAGCCGUGUCGAGGCCCAGUCCAGACUACCCCAUGCUCCCCACCAUCCCCCUGUCCGCCUUCUCGGACCCCAAGAAGACCAAGACCUCCCACGUAUCAAAGGAGCCCAGUAAAGAGGGCAGCGGCGGCAGCAGCAAAGGACCCAAGCCUCACAAGCUGACCAAGGAGCACCGUGAACGGCCGCGCAAAGACUCAGAGAGCAAAGGCACGUCGAAAGGAGACAACGACCGAGACGGAGGCAGCAAGAGCGGCCGCGAUCCAUCUUCCUCCUCUUCCUCGUCCUCUUCCAAGAAGCCGGCAGAGAAAGUGAAAGAUGAGGGCAAGGUCCUGCCCAAGGCCGCUUUCAAGGAGCCUAAGCUCACCCUGAAGGAGGCGAAGAUGGAGAGCAUGUCCCCUAAAGGAGGGGGUGCUGGGGGUGGCGGGGGCGGCGGGGGAGGAGGAGGGGGAGGGCCCGUGGAGUCUAAAGCGCCAGGGAAGCGGCCCUCCACGGUGGAGUCUCCCAAGCCCAGCGCUAAGAAGCAGAAGAAGGGCAGUUCUGAGGGGCCAAAGGGGGCGGCUGGCGGGGCCUUCACAGGAACCUCUCCCCGUGUUUCCUCCUCAUCUGCAGCCAGCCAGCCGUACACAGAAAAGAAACCUCCCAAGGAGAAGGGCCGCUGGGUCAAAGGCAAAAGUGACACACAGGAGCUGAAGGAGCCCAAGAAACUUCCAGAGUCAGAUGAGUCAAAUUCAGAGGAUGAAGCCUCUUCAAAGUCAGAGCAGUCGGCCCCCUCCAGUCCUUCCAACUCCAGCUCUAGCUCCGACUCCAGCUCUGACUCCGACUUUGAGCCAGGACAGAAACAAGGACAAGGCCCGCUGCGAUCCAUGGUGGAGGAAAUCCAGUCAGAAGAGUCAGACGAUGACGACAGCAGCUCAGAGGAGGAGACUCCCGUCAAGACCAACCCCCCCAACCGCGACUCUCGACUCAGCCUGGACAGCGAGAGUGACAGCAGCGAAGGCUCACACCGCCCCAGUCGAGACCCCGCCCCACCCCCGCAGAAACACAGCUCCUCCAAUAACAAGGUGUCGGGCAGAAAGAGUCCAGAUCCCUCGUUUCGCUCAGAGAAGGUGUUGAAGAAGGGAUACGACAAGGUAGGAAGGGCCUACACAGAGGAGCUGGUGGACCUCCAUCGUAGAUUGAUGGCUCUGAGGGAGCGCAAUGUCCUACAGCAGAUCGUCAACCUGAUCGAGGAGACCGGACACUUUAACGUGACCAACACCACCUUUGACUUUGACCUCUUUUCACUGGACGAGUCCACCGUCCGCAAACUACAGAGCUACCUGGAGGCGACGGCCACGUGACAGGAAGUCGGAAGCCGGCGUGUCGACGGCAUCGGCGGAGGGGGAAGAUUCGCCGCGUCUCCUCAGGGAGGCGGGAGCGGCCGCGUCCGUCACUGCUGUAUCACAGACCUAACUGAACCAUCGAACAACUAUCACACACGCAUACACACUCGCACACAAACAUGAACAACACACAAGCACACGUGAAAACACACACCACUUUCACGUGGCUGUGGGGAAGAAGAGGAAGAAGAAGAAGAAGAGGAGGAGGAAGAGGAAGGAGGGCGGUGUUGGAGCCUGCGCUGGGAGGGGGGCAGGAUUGGAGCUGUGCCACUGUCCUUUUAACUCCGACUGGAGGACAGAAGGAGCUGAACUCUGUCUACAGUCAGGAUUUUCACUACACGUCUCUUUUGAGUGUCAAGCUCGUGUGCAGAACUAUGGAAUGCAGCCCUCCCCACCGCCCCCCCGCCCCCUCCUUCGCCCUCCUGCACUCAUAGUACUCUAGCCUUUUUGCAAACCCAAUACUUCCCUCCUCCUCCUCCUCCUCCUCCCCCUCUCACUCACUCCUUACUCGGCAGAACACUCCACUUCCCUUCCCCCCCCUGCUCUCAGCUGGAGCUCAUU